AUGGCGGAACCUAAUGAGUUGCAGUUCUUCGAAAAGCUCGACACGCCACCCGAAGAAGAAGAAAUAGUUCCCGCUGCGGGUGGCUAUUUUUCCAAUUUCAUUGGUCAAAUUUUCCGCAACGAUGGAACACCGCAAACAAAUGAGUCGCCGAGUCCAUCGGACGAUAGGGAAAAUCUCGGACGGACUGUGUCUGAAGACUCUCACAGUUCCGAGGAGAAUGGCUUCCAGCGAUCGUUGAGUGACAAGUUCACAGGUUUAUUGAAAUCAAAAGUAAACCCCAAGCUGAAAGACUACAACGACAGCAAUUUCAAACAAUACUGGAUGCCUGACUCAACCGGAAGAGAGUGUUACAUGUGUGAAGAGCGUUUCACAACUUUCCGUCGACGUCAUCACUGCCGACUGUGCGGUCAAAUAUUCUGUGCAAAGUGUUGCAGCAGUCACAUUGACGGUGCCGCGUUGGGAUACAUGGGAGAACUUCGACUCUGCGAUUAUUGUGCACGGAAGGUUCAACGAUUGGCGGAAGACGGGAAACACACACCGACGUUGGGGACUCGUAGCCAGACACCAGUGAAUGGACGCAAGAUUAGCUUCGAUAAAAAUAGUGUUCACAAGAACUCAGAUACAGUCAAGACGGUAUCAAACGGAGCCAUCUGGUCCACAUGUCCAUCAGAAUCAAUGAUCCCAUCGGAUGUCAACUCAGCGCCUCAAAUCGGAAGCCGUCGAAGCUCUCUGUGCCACACUAAUAGUGGACCAGGAAUACCAACGAUUCUUUCGGUCGCUGACCUAUGUGCAUCCAACUCAGUAAUGCUAACCAGUAAUCAUUCACAUCCAGUGAUCACUGAGGAAGAAGAGUCGGGUCCGGAUUGGUUCAGAACCCUGAAUCCUGGAAUGGAUGGUGUCAUUAAUAAUGAGAUCUCCGAUUCCGCCGACGUCUUCGCAUAUGCAAAUCUCGCUGGUGCUAUCACCAACGAUUUCACUGACUUGAAAGAAGCCCGACCAGAAGAACCAACGACACCUGCAGCUGGUGACAGGAAAAUUACAUUUCCCUCUCUGUCACUCGAUGAAUCCGUCAUGAAUGCAGCCAAAGAAGAGCAACGAGACAACUUGGAAGAGUUUUUCCGCCAAAAUACUGAACGAAUCCUCGACGAAGUGCUGAAACGAGAGUUUAUCAGGGAAGAUAUGUGGCGAGAGGUGAUACUCAAGACUGUGCAGGAAGUUGUGCAAAAUGUGGAGGUCAACGUGCCGGCUGGUGAUUCAAUGAACUUGUCAGACUAUGUUCAUGUCAAGAAAGUUUGCACUAGAGAAGUUCAAGCGGAUGCGGAGAUUAUCUGGGGUGUAGCGUGUAGUAAAAGUUUGCUAUACGGUAACUCAGAAGAAGAAGAUAGUACAACAAAGACUACAGAGUCAGUAAUGAUAGUCAGUGGAUCGAUUGAAUACGAAAGAGUGUCAAAUAAGUUGUCAUCCAUCGAGCCAAUCAUUGUGCAAGAGGAAAAGUUUCUGGAGAAACAGAUCGACCGAAUUGCAACUAAACGGGCAUCUCUGAUUCUCGUGGAAGGAGGUGUCUCUCGCAUCGCUGCUCAACUUCUAAACGCUAAAGGAAUCAAAGUAGCAGUAAAUGUCAAAAUGAGUAUUCUGCAAAGAGUUUCAAGAGCCACCGGAGCCGAUAUUGUCUCCAAUUCUGACGCUCAACUCGUUGAACAGAACCUUGGUUGCAUUCCGGAGUUUGAGCAGAGAAAUUUGCACCAAGAGGAUGGAAGGAUAAAGUCGUUGAUGGUCUUUGGAGAUUGUGAGAAAGAUGUUGGGUGUACGAUUCUCCUCCAUGGAGAUGAUAUGAAGGAGUUGGAGGCAGUGAAAAGAGUGGUUCAGUUUUUGGUGACCAUUGUAUACUCAAAUCAGCUGGAGCAGUCUUAUCUCAACGCUUUCAACACAACGAUUGCAAGAAGACAAUCUGAUUGCAUCGUUUGUGAGAAACGACGAGCUAUUGUGUAUUCACAAGGCGAAAAGACGGAGUUCGAACAGAAUCUUUAUUCGGCAAUGCUGUCGAGCUCUCCAGUCAUCGAAUUCGAGCCACCAUUCCUUGAAACUGCUAUCGGAAGAGAAUGUCCUCUCAUUGCCUACUUCAAGCAACCACUGUACAAACUUCUGAAGCCUGGAGAUGUUGAGCUCAUCAAGGAAGGAUAUGAAGAAGACCUGCCUCCUGUGCAGAAAAAAGAAAAGCUGGUAGUUGGACUACGUCAUGCAAUGGCUCAAUGCAAUCGGGGAGCAGUUUUGCCUGGCUUGGCAAAGUCAUUCCGACUGUUCGGAGGAAUCAAUUUCCGCAGGAGAACAAAACAAAUCGUUCAACACCGGAAAAUUGAUGAGACUGAGAAGCAAACGUUCCGUGCGAAAGACGUGUUGGAUCCACGAGUUCAUCAGACGCUCGCUGUGCUUUUUGGAUCUUUUUCCCGGAGGUCACCCAAUGCACCAUACUUUUGUGUCCGACCAUGGGUAGUGAGUAUGCAGUAUUACAAAGAUCACGACAUGACACUUGGAGAGUUUCUCGUUAAAUACUGCUUCAAUCGAAGUUAUGAAUGUCCUUCGUCCAAUUGUGAAGUGCCAAUGUUGGAUCACUCGAGGAAAUUGGUGUAUGGAAGAGUUUGUGUUGAGAUCUCUACUCAAAGUGUGAGCGAAACAGACAACUCCCUGGAAGCCGAUCAGAAGACUAUUAUGACUUGGAGACAUUGUGGAAAAUGCAACUGCUCUUCUCAGAUGGUAAAAUUCGACAAAGCGAUAUGGCACCUUUCAUUUGCAAAAUUCCUCGAGUACAUCGGAAACUCUUGUUUUACAACGGACACCAUCUACCCGUCGAACUCGCAAAAUCAGUGUAAUCACUGCUUCUUCCAUGAGAAAUUAUACUUUUUUGCCAUGGAGAACCUGGUUACAACUUUCAAAGUGAUAGCUAUCCGACCAUACAGUGUUGUCUUCUCUCCAAUCAUUUGCAACGUCAAAGUGCAAAAGAUAAGCAGAAAGGAGCUUGGUGAUGAUGUCAGCAGAAUCGCAACACUUGCACUUCAAGCCUGCGAGGAUACCAACAAACAACUAGCGGAUCUUGAUGAAGAAGUGCAAAUUACUCCGAUUGUUGUCAAAUUAGCAGGAGCUAUUCGUAAUACAAUGGCCCUUGCAAGUGAGAGUCGGAUGUUUGCCAAGACAAUUUUCAAUGGAGAGGAAGAACUGAUUCGAUCCAACGACAGGUUAUAUAGAGAAGUCGACGGAACAUUCAUGAAAGUUCGAGAGGUCACCUACAAUUUGAUAUCGCUGUGGAAUGAGAACUGCGCGACGAUCAAGUAUCCAAAGAAGUCACCAGAUGAUAUUCAAGAGAUUGCCACUCUUCAAAAACUUGAGAAUCCAUUCCCAUUGCAUCUUCAUCUUUCACUAAAACUGCAACCCCGUCUUGGAGUUGUCGUUCGUGACAUUCAAGACGCACGAGGAAACUACAAGCCCGAUAUUGGAAGUAUCAUUGCAUAUGCUCUUUCUGCAGUCGACUACAACAAGAUUCCCGAACAGGCGGACACUGUUUCAGUGGACUCUGCAAACUCCUCUAUCAAGGAUGCAACGGCAGACGAUGGAGAGAAUCUGGCAUCUCCUCAACAUCUCGAAGUGGAAUUUGAAGAUGAAUCUGCGUCGUACUAUGUUAAGAUGUUCUACGCCGAAAAAUUCCGGAAACUUCGUGAACUUCUAAUUGCUGAAGGAGAGGAAACAUUCAUCCGUUCAUUGUCAAAGAGCACAUUCUGGACACCGCAAGGUGGAAAGUCUGGAUCAUUCUUCUACCGUACUCAAGACGAUCGUUUUGUGGUUAAGCAGAUGUCACGAUUUGAGAUUCAGUCAUUUGUGAAGUUUGCACCAAACUAUUUUGACUACCUGACAACUUCUGCAACAGAGAACAAACUGACAACACUAUGCAAAGUAUACGGUGUGUUCAGAAUAGGAUACAAGAGUAAAACGACAACGUUGAAAGUGGACAUUCUGGUUAUGGAGUACCUAUUCUACAACCAUAAUGUUAGUCAAGUUUGGGACCUUAAAGGAUCGCUCCGAAAUCGCCUUGCCUCCACUGGAAAAAGUCCAACGGAAAUGGUCUUGCUCGAUGAGAAUUUCGUGAAGGACCUGUGGAACCAACAACUUUACGUGCUUCCUCACUCAAAAGCGGCCAUGAAUCAAGCGAUCAGCAAUGACAGCCAUUUCCUGAGCUCUCAAUACAUCAUGGACUACUCUUUGCUCGUUGGUGUCGACGACGAUAAUGGUGAACUGAUUCUCGGAAUUGUCGACUACAUGAGGACAUAUACUUUGGAUAAGAAACUCGAAUCAUGGGUAAAAAUUGUAGCCAUUCCUGGAGCCCACCUCCCAACUAUUCUCAGUCCGGAAAUGUAUUGUGCACGUUUCUCGGAGGCAAUCGACUCAUAUUUUCCAGUUGUUCCUGAUCAGUGGACUGGUCUGGGAUCUAUCAGAUCCUACUAA